AUGGUGAUCGCGAAGAUUCAGAAAUUGGGAACGACUCUUUGGGAACACAAAAAGAAAUCUCUUCUUGGAGUUACGCUGCUUGCUUGGGCCGGACAGUGGGUGCGAAGAAAACAAAGAAAUAACGAGAUUCGGACUCAAUACGCAAAAGAAGCCCUCAAGUUUGGUGAACAGCUUAUAUCGGCCGAAGAUAAAUGUCGACGUGUAUUCGUUCUUGCAAAUGUGGGUGCUAACGAAAGGAGUUGUUACGACGAUUUCACUUCCAACGCUCUGCCUUUACUACACUUGGCUGGAAUUCAGGUGAAUAUUGUCAAAGCCGACAACGAAGCCCAACUUGAAGCUCUUGCUGGAGCAGUCGAUCAUGAAGAAGCCGAUGCUGUUUACAUAGUUGGGGGUGAUGCAACUGUUGGAAUUGUUCUGACGGGAAUGUUGAAGAAGCGGGAUCAAAUAAUUUUGCCCAUAGGUAUUUUCCCCGGUGGUUAUGAUAACUUGACACUCAAACGACUUGUUCCUGAAGUAUUCACCAAUGAGAAGGACAUCCAGAGACAAUGUGAAAGCGCCAUGGCUAUUAUUGAAGAUCUAAGACGCUCUGUUAGACCAUUUAAGGUUGAAAUCGAUGGAAAUAGCGAAAAGCCACUAUUUUCCAUUGGAGAUGUUGGCGUGGGAUGGUUUCGGCAUAUAGAAGAGAGACGACGGAAAUUAUGGUAUUUUGGAUCAGCGAAAAGACGAUGGGCUUAUAUCUGGGAAAUGCUAAAGCGAUCGCCUGAUGAUAUGGAAAUAUCGUUUGAAUGGGAAGAAUAUUGCCCUGGAUGCAACAAGUGCCGAGCACCACCUGCACCGGUUAUUGUUCAGUGGCGGUGGUGGCACAUGUUCACCGGAACGCCGAGAUAUGCUCAAAAAGAAAAAGAAAGAGACUUUUCAAACGUUGAAAAUGAAAAAUGCGGAACUAUUGGAGCUGGAACUGUGAAAGGCACCGAGUUAUUGAUCUCCGCUGAGCAACAAUACAAUGAUGAACGCACAGGAUUGAGGUUACAAGCUGGCCGAGCCUCGCUUGGACGCUUGGGAGUGAUACGUGAAGGAUGGUCUCGUUGUGCUGCCGAUGUGGUUCAUCGAUCUGUCGAAGAGGGCUUUUACACGGCUGACGUUUUUGCUCGCGCAUUUGUGCUACAAUUCACCAAAUUACCCGAGUUCAUUCGCCGAGUUUAUGUCUCUUCGGAUGAAAUCAAAAAUCCGAUUGAAGAAGGACGAACUCUCGUUCACAUGAAAGCGCUCGACUCAAAAAUAGAACUUUUUCUCCCGACCAGAUUACGUGCAGAACCCAAUCCGAACGAAGUUGACCCCUGGACAUAUCAACGACAGCAAUCCUGCAAGAAAAAACACCGCAAUGCAGCGAAUGCAGCCCGAAAAGCCGAAUUGGUACCACUUGUACCUGUGGAUGAAAUGCUACCCAUUGAUUCAGUCGAUGAUCAAGUGCUAGAACAGUUAAACAUGGACAGCAUGUCUUUGGCUGGAGAACGCACGUCAGGCACGGGCAACAAGAAAAUGAUGUCAUCUGCUGCAUCAAUGGUUUCUGAAGGAGGUUUUUCUCAAGUUUCACGUUUUACAACAUUCACUGCUUGCACAAAUCCGACAUUUGAUGUGGUUCACAGGCUUUGGAAAUCGGGUUCUUCACUCCAGAAAGAAGUUUUGGCUGUUUUGUCGGCUGGUGCAGAAAUUAUCAAACAGCAUUCUGGAACCGAAACUGACGUGGAGUAUUAUGCCGUGUUUUUAACAACUCUGGAAUCAACGUCGGCUGAGGACGUUCCACGUGCUGCAGCUGCUGCCUUUCUUUUACAUCUUAUUGUGAAAAAGGUUUCCAAAGAAGUGUUACAACGACAAUUCAGCCGUUCGAUUAAAAUUCUUGCUGAUGCGUUAAUGUUGUAUUCGGAUAGUGAUGAUGGUGGAGCCGUUCUGAAAUAUUUGUUGGCAACGCUCGGUGUGGUUUUACGAGCCCAACCCUCAGUAGUUUGGGGCAAUAGUGAAAAUCGAAACAUUAUUCUGCUAAUUGCCUCAUUAUGUGCACAUGAAAAGCCGCGUGUCCGAACAAUGGCAAGAAAAGUUGUCAGAACUGUUUUGACUGACCCUGUGACUUCAUUGGAAAAUGGUCUUCAUGCAGCCGCAGGAACAAUUGGCGAGUACAUUGAUGAACAACUUUGCCUUUCUCUUGAGGAAAAGACCUCUUCAACGGAUGUGACACGCUAUUUGUGUCUACUCGAGGGAAUUAUGCACAAAAUGCCAGUUUCAAUUUUUCAACGACUUGCAACGAAUAUAUUAAAAGGACUUAUAGCGGCCGAUUCUCAAGUGAAAUGUGCUGGAUUACAAUGCUUGCAUCGUGCAUUACAAAAUCAACCGAGCGAUGCUGCCUUGUCGCCUGAAACAAAUAAACUUUUGAUCAUCUCUUUGAGGAAAUUAGCUCCAUCCCCUUCUGAAGUGGCUGUGUGUGCCUACUGGAUUCAGGCACUCGUGGAGGCUCAUGUGUGUCUUUCAUAUAAAAUGAAAUCAGAGUCAAUUCUGAUGUUGCCAGAAACCAUGGAACUAAUUACACCCUUUUUUCAAGUUGGAAAUGAUGAGCUGUGCCGAGUUGUUGUACAGGUUCUUUCUCGACUAGUUGAACAAUGUAUCCAAGAAGAGGAAAUGCCGGCCCGGAAGCUUCUUUCAUUGCUCGAAUCAUCGCUAACAGGAUUUUCUGCUAUUGUUUGGAAACACAUCUUCAAAACGAUGACCUUCUUGUUUCAAAUUUCUGGCUCGGCACUUUUGUCAGACGAGUUUGUGAAGGCACUACGCACGAUGGCUCGUUUAAGAGAAGAAGACUCUUGUUUCUGUAAACAGGAAAUCGAUUUUACCAUUGGUGCUGCCGUUCGGUAUGUCGGAGUUCAACAUGUGUUAAACGUUCUAUCACUUCAAAUUGAUCCCGAUGCUCCUGUUCUACCGACUGAUUUCCGACGAUCAUGGUUGUUGCCUAUUUUCCGUGUAAACAUUCGCAAUGCGCCGUUGUCACUUUUCAUUAAAUAUUUCCUUGCGUUGGCCUCCAAGCUAAAUAAACGCAUGACAGAUGAUGUAAAUAAGAUUAUUUCUCGUGCAUACUCUAUUGUACAAUCACAACUCUGGGAUUUAUUGCCAUCAUUCUUGGCUUCUGCUUCCGACUUUGAAGAGAGCUUUCCUCAACUUGCAAAAGUUCUUGGUGUAGCGCUGACAGAGCGAGUUGAUUUAAGGCUAAUUAUUUUGACGGGACUUCGAGCAGCGCUUCGGUUUGCACUAGCCCCAGAUGCACCAAUUUCAAGAAGAGAAACAAUGGCUCGUUACGCGGAGAAUUAUCUACCAAUCUUAUUUAAUCUCUACGUGAAUGAUGGUGACAAUGAUAUGAGUUCGGCUAAUUGUGGAAUCCGAUUGUCGACUUUAAGUGCAAUUGGGCUAUAUGUGGAAAUAAGUCAGAAAGAGAUUUUGUCAACAUACACCGAAAAAGCCAUUGAGCGUUUAAAGGGAUGCGAAGCAACAAAAACAGACGUAGAGGAUAAAUGGCGAAACAAUAAUACGCGAAAAAGAAUAGCUGAUAUCCUUAUUGCGUUCGUUAAAGCUGUAACGCCUGCUGAUGUACAAAAGAUUUUCUCUACAAUGCUACCCUUUUCAAUCAACCAAAAAAGCAAUGAACCAGAAAUUGCUGACCUCUUCCAAGGAACUCAAGGACCAUUGUAUGAAAUUCUGCUCAAGUCGUAUGAUGAAAUCUCAGCUCCUGCUCGUGCCGCUCACCAAGAAGCCGUUCUUUUUGUGGCGAUUGAUUUGACGAUUCUAUGUUUGGAAAAAGCCAACUCGAUGCCUUGUCGUGAGGGAGCAUCAAACACUUUUCAAGCGAUGUGCACGCGUUUGAUUGAAAAGGGCUCAGAAGUGGGACAAACGCCUUCCGAGAUUUUGUAUCCAAUUUUCACCAGAAUAUUUGAAAUGAACACACCGAAAGCCAACGGAAAAGAGAUUCGUCUCGAGAUUUCACGUGCAUGUUUGGUGGCACUAAACAUUUUGGCCCAAAAACAUGUCAAGGUUUUGAAUGCUUCUCAUUUGUCUCGUCUCAUCUCUCAAGGAUGCUCAACGCUUGCUGAGACAAGACCAACUAUUCGUGUGUUGGGCAUUCGACUGAUUCGAGUUCUCGUGAAUAAGAUGCCCGAAUUCGCCCUACAACAAUAUCGGGACAUAAUCCUUCAAGGCUUUUUUGACCAGAGUGCCGGUGAUGAUGUGACCUCACAGGUACGAAAAGCAAAUCGUAUCCUCCUUGAAUCGUUUGUUGAUCAUUUUGGAGAGAAUGCGCUCGAAAAGUACACUGAUAAAGUUGAAUGGCUCAAGCAAAUUAAAAAUAUUGUGAAAACGAAGCGAAGAAAGGCGAGAAAGGCUGCAGGACUAGCUAAUGAAGAGGGAGAGGAAAAUGACGAUGAUGAUGGUGUUUCUGUGGCAGGAUCGCGUGCAUCGGCUCGCACAGCUGGAGCUGAUACCAUUCUUCAUUUACUUGACGACAGUGAUGAUGAAGAGGAAAACGAAGAGGAAGAAGAUAAACGAUCACAAGUCAAGAGCGUUUGGUUGAAAGAAGACGAGGGUGAUGUUCACGAUCUACUGGAUAGAAACAUGCUUCUUGAUAAGGUUUCGACGAUCAAUCCCACAUUGUUAGCCAAACGAGAAGCCCGUUUAACUGAGCGCAAGAAAAAAACUAUGGAAGAAGAGAAAGCCUCGAAACGAAAGAAAAAAUCUGAUGAUAAUGACGACCUCUCGGAUUUGCUGGGAGAUAAGAAAGGAAAGAAAGGGGCUGCUCGAGAAGAGAAAGAUGAUUACGAUGAAGAAGAGGAAGACAAAAAGAGCCGUGUUUCCUCAACUUCUCGAAUGACAACAGGCACCAGCAAGAGCUUUGCCUCUAGGUAUAAACCAGGUGGAACGGGCAUUCAUCGUGAUCUUUCGAGGCCGAUUGCUACGCCAAAACGUAAGGGGAAAGCUGGAGGAGAUUCGAUUCGAAAAACGCAGCCUAUGGAACCGUACGCUUAUGUGCCAUUGAAACAGCUAAAGAAGAAAAAUCGGGGUGGAAGUCAAGUAAAUCAGGAAAUUCGUCAAGUGAUUGGAAAGAGGAAAAAGCCGCUC